AGUACCUCUGACAGUUUGUUAAAAGUGGUGUACUGGAUUUCAAAAUACAAAGACUUGGUUGAAGAAUUGUGAAGACAGAAGAACUAGGUGUUGUCUUUGAGAUUCCUGUUGAAAAUGCUGCUCCGACCAAAAUCGAUGCAAGCUCAAGCAUGACAUUUGGACUCCGGGUCAAACAUGGGUCGCUACCUCAGCACCAACUUGUGUUCAAGUUCGGUGAACAAGACAUUGAGAUCAUACUGCAAAGUUAGGUACCUAAUGAGCCUUCUUAAAAAGUACCCUCGUCUGACUAAAGCAACACUCAGCCUGGACCUCCACAGAUAUUACCUGCUAUCACCUCCUCAUCUGUCCAGAUUUACAAGAAAAGGUAUAUUUAACAAUUUAAACCACAGUGCUGCAGGCUCUGCUUCUAACCACUUCCUCAGAGAUUAUACCAAAGAACUGAAUCAUCUCCAGGUAGUGCGUUUUUACUCAUCCUCCAAUAGGAAUACAUUCAAACCUGACGCUCCAAUUGGGAUUUACGAGGAGGCUCAGAAUGGUUUCCUUUCGAGUUCACUGGGAGGACGUCUUGGUGAAUCAUUUAAAAAAUUGUCCAGACACAUUAAUAUUUAUUUCCAGAGAAAGGAUGUUUCUCUAGCUGUAAAUGCCGGCCUUGUUGUCACAACUCCAGAAUGGCUUGGAAGGUCACAGAGGCGUAGUCAGAGUCAAACUGCAGUCAAAGAGCAAAAUAAAUCAGGCAAAGACACAACACAGACCUUGAAAAGCAAAGAAACACAGAAUAGCUCUGGAAUAAGUCCUUCAAAACAAGACAACUUUGGACUGCAACUAUUUCACAUCAGUUCUUUGGCGACAAGAUUUGGAGAGAGCUACAGUUACGUUGCUGGUCACGUUAACUCAGUCUUCUCUCGCAGUUUUACGAAAGUUCAAAUGCAGGAAAAUUUGGAAACCAUGUCUUCCUCAAGAGGGAAAAACAGAAGGCUGAAGAAGAGACAAAUGCAAAACACUUACAUCAUGAAUUCUAAAGAAGCUGAAAUGUCUGAAAUCAAAUCAGGUGCCCAUCAGCCAACAGUGGAAACUAACAAUAUCUCCAGCAGCUGGGAGGAGGGCUACCUCCAUUUUGCAAGACACAUCAAUAAAUACUUUGGUGCCAAAGUUACCAAAGAAGUUGAUCAAGAUCAAAAUAGGAGAGAAGAACUUCCUGGAGAAAAGAAUAGCAUUUACAAGAAACACUUUUCAGCACAAUCUACCUCACAAACCCAAGGUGCCAUGCCACAGCUGAAGCAGGACGAACCUAUCGUCCAUGAAACAGGAGGCCUUUUCCACAGCAGUAAUACCACUAACUUCGGAGAUAACUAUUUGCAAACGGCCGGCCACAUCAAUAAGUAUUUCAAGGGUCAAAGUGGAUUGGAUGAGGACACUGAUGGAAAUCUCUUAACAGAGAUGGAUCCUGGAUCUGCUACCUCUGAGAGACUAAAGCCUGUGUCCUUUAUGGACUGCCUUUACAACCCCACAAGCGCCAUCCCUGACUUGCUGGGUGCUUAUCUGAAACUGGGCCCCUCGAAUCAGACUCGUAAGCCUGCUAUGACUUCACCAGUGACAAUGCUGAAUAAAAAGCUGGUAUUGAGUCGGAGGCAGGCAGAGGAAAUGACACGGGGGUUGAUUGGCACUCUGUCACAGGUUUCGCCUCCAGAAGCUCUGGCUCUCUGCGUGGAGGCACUCAAUGAACAUCUCAUCCGUUACCCAUCAUGCAAAGCAAUAAUGUGGCAGGAGAGAACUGCAGUUACAUUGUUGAGAAAGCGACGGACCUACAGAGAUAACCAGGUGCUGCAGAGUGCCUUAAGAGAAAGCUUGGCUCUAAUCGGCUACGUGGAUCCAGUCAAAGGUUGUGGGAUAAGAGUGCUCUCAAUUGACGGUGGUGGCACAAGAGGUGUGGUGCCUUUGCAGAUAUUACAGCUACUGGAAGCUCAAACAGGCAAGAAGAUCCAUCAGCUGUUUGACUACAUCUGUGGAGUGAGCACAGGUGCCGUUCUAGCCUUCAUGCUGGGCCUAACCCAUUUUUCUCUAGAGGAGUGUGCGGACAUGUAUCGUCGUUUUGGCUCUGAAGUGUUUCGGCAGAACCCGCUGGUCGGUACUAUGAAGAUGGGCUGGAGUCACUCUUACUAUAACACUGAGACCUGGGAGAAAAUACUACGAGAAAAGCUGGGAAAUAGAGUACUUAUCAAAACAGCUGGAGAUGAGUUGAGUCCCAAGGUUUCAGCAGUCAGCGCUGUGGUGAACUGGGGCACCAGUCCAAAGGCCUUCGUCUUCCGCAACUACAACCACAAGCCUGGCUCUCUCAGCCGCUACGCAGGAGGCUCAGCUUGCCAGAUGUGGCAGGCAGUGCGAGCAUCAUCAGCUGCCCCAGGAUACUUCCAGGAGUUCCCCAUAGAAAGCAACAUUCACCAGGAUGGAGGAAUCAUCUUGAACAAUCCCUGUGCCUUGGCUGUCCAUGAGAGCCGUCUACUGUGGCCCAACCAGCCCUUCCAGUGUGUGCUGUCCCUCGGCACUGGCCGCUAUGACAAUGCUAAGAGGGGACCUACCACCUCCACCAGCCUGAGGGCCAAAAUCAGCAACCUGAUCAGCAGUGCUACUGACACCGAAGGGGUCCACACACUUUUGGACGAACUGCUGGCUCCAGACGUGUACUUCCGCUUCAACCCCAUGUUGAGCGCUUUGGUGUCCCUGGAUGAGAGCCGGCCGCAGGCCCUGGACCAACUGCAGAGCGACAACCAGAUCUACCUUGAGAGAAACCGGCCCAAACUGGCAAGGCUCUGUUUGGUGCUUGGGGCGGAGCGCUCAGCUGCAAGCAGGACUAAGGACUGGAUGAGUGAGAGGGCCUGGGAGAUGAAGCAGAGAUGGGUGUGAGUAGGUACAGUAUGAGGUAUGUGUACACAAUAAUGCAUACCGAGUACACACUGAUACCCAGCGGACAAAAUAACAACCCUGAUGUAUUAAUGCAAUUUGGUUUGUUGUUGAGACCUCAAAAGUGUCGUUUCAACUAGGUUUUUUUUAGCCACUCCAGCGCCAUGGCUCUAUGGAUGUCAAUGUCAAUGUUUGUCCACCAUUUUGGCCAGACUUAUAUUAUAUAUAGAUGUUGUAUUAUAUACAGAUUUAUAUUGUCAACUAUUGGAUUGAUUGCCUUUCAAUUUUGUACAAACAUUCAUGGUCUUUAGAAGAUGAAGCCAUUGAAUUUGGUGAUUGCCACAGCUGUCAUUGCUUAUUGCAGUUUUCUGUCUUUGGCAUCAGUUGUUGUGAAAAAAAUGUGAUUUGAAGAGUUUGCAGCUGAAUUCACAAUUACAAAGCAAGCUACUUAGGUGAGUUGUAUUAAGUUAUGUAGCUUACUGAUCAGCAGAAUGCAUCAGCCUUCAGAAGGGGUUGACAACUUAAAGAGAAACAAAGAAACCAGAUAGUUGCUGCUAAGCUUCUUGAAAUUCAUCAAGGUUAUCAUGUCAUAAUAUGUUUCUGCUGUUUGGUCCACUUCUUGUUAUACAUGCAGGCUACUUUGAGCCAAAUCAAUAUGAUGUUGUCAACAAGCCUCACUUAUAGCACAUUCAUGCACUUUAUUAAAAAAAUGUGUAAUGUGUGCAUGUCACAUAAUGCCCUGUCUGAUUAUUUCUGUUAAUGUUGCACUUCUCAGUGUUGUUGAAUGUGAUA